UGCAGUGUUGUUGCGCAGGGUUAGCGGCGCUUCCAUUUUGUCCGUGCUGCUAAUUGUAUAAGUGGGGGAAUAUCCUGUGGCGAGAGAAUACACACGGACACAAGGUGAUUCACCCCGCUCUCCAUCAUGGCUGACGUCAAGAAUUUUUUGUACGCAUGGUGUGGGAAGAAGAAGAUUACCCCAAAUUAUGAGAUCCGGGCAGCAGGAAAUAAAAAUCGACAAAAGUUCUUGUGUGAGGUUCGAGUGGAUGGCUAUAACUACACUGGAAUGGGGAACUCUACAAAUAAAAAGGAUGCCCAGAGUAACGCAGCCCGGGACUUUGUCAACUAUCUGGUUCGAAUGGGUGAAGUGAAAAGUGAGGAAGUUCCAUCACUUGCGGCUGGUCAGAGCAAUGCUGUGGAUGGAUUUGUCCCAACUGAAGGUCCCUCUGGAGGGCCUUUGCCUCCACACUUGGCCUUGAAAGAAGACACUUACGACGGUCCUUCUGAUUUUGGAAAUGCGGAUUUAGGCUCUGGUUUUAGUGGUGGAGCCAACUGGGAGCGUGGAGCCAACCUGAAAGAUUAUUAUUCCAGAAAGGAAGAACAGGAGAAUAAGGCUACUCUAGAAUCCGAGGAAGUAGAUUUGAAUGCUGGUUUACAUGGGAACUGGACCCUUGAGAAUGCUAAGGCCCGUCUAAAUCAGUUCUUCCAAAAAGAAAAGACCCAGGGGGAAUACAAAUACUCGCAAGUGGGUCCUGACCACAACAGGAGCUUUAUUGCAGAAAUGACCCUCUAUGUUAAGCAGCUUGGAAGAAGGGUCACUGCCAGGGAGCAUGGUUCUAACAAGAAACUGGCAGCACAGUCAUGUGCCCUAUCACUUGUGCGCCAGCUUUACCAUCUGGGUGUCAUUGAGGCUUACUCUGGACAGACGAAGAAGAAAGAGGGAGAAUCUCUGGAGCCUUAUGAGGUAAACCUAAGCCCAGAUAUUCAAAAACAACUACAGAGUGUAAUUCAGGAGCUGGGCCUUGAAGUGCCCUAUGCGCCCCAGGACUCUACGCAGCCAGUCACACUUACUCUGGGGAAGCUGGUGCAUUUUGAGCCUUCUCAGCGGCAGAGUAUGUCUGGAGUGGUCCCUUGGUCUCCUCCACAGGAGAACUGGAACCCAUGGACCAGCAGCAACAUUGAUGAGGGUCCGUUGGCAUUUGCGACCCAGGAGCAGAUCAGUUCUGAAUUGAAGAGCGAAAUUGCGUACCAUUCACAGCAGAACGACAUGCAGCAGAUCCUGGGUGAACGUGAUGCUCUUCCUGUUAAAAAAUUUGAAAAUGAAAUCUUGCAAACCGUGCACAAUAACCCUGUUGUUAUCAUCAGAGGGGCCACUGGCUGUGGCAAGACUACUCAAGUGCCACAGUACAUUUUGGAUGAGUUUAUCCAUAACGGCAAGGGAGCGCAGUGCAACAUCGUCGUGACACAGCCAAGAAGAAUCAGUGCAGUAUCUGUUGCAGAACGUGUUGCUUAUGAGAGAGGAGAGGAGGUUGGGAAAAGCUGUGGCUACAGUGUACGUUUUGAGUCUGUACUCCCUCGCCCUCAUGCCAGUAUGCUUUUCUGUACCGUGGGUGUCCUCUUGAGGAAACUGGAAUCCGGCAUCAGAGGAAUUAGCCACGUAAUUGUGGAUGAAAUACAUGAACGUGAUAUUAAUACUGACUUUCUGCUAGUUGUUCUGCGAGAUGUGAUUCAAGCAUUCCCAGAUAUACGAGUUAUCCUCAUGUCAGCCACCAUUGACACAAGCAUGUUCUGUGAAUAUUUCUUUAAUUGCCCCAUCAUUGAAGUGUUCGGCAGAACCUUCCCUGUGCAAGAAUAUUUUCUUGAGGACUGCAUACAGAUGACUUGCUUCAUACCACCACCAAGGGACAAGAAGAAAAAGGAUAAAGAUGAAGAAGGUGGAGAAGAUGAUGAUGCCAACUGUAAUUUAAUCUGCGAGGGUGAUUACGGUCCUGAGACACGACGCUCAAUGUCACAGCUUAGUGAAAAAGAGACUCCUUUUGAACUCAUCGAAGCUCUUCUGAAGUACAUUGAAACACUUAACGUUCCUGGAGCAGUACUUGUGUUUUUGCCUGGCUGGAACCUCAUCUACACCAUGCAGAAGCAUCUUGAGAUGAACCCACAUUUUGGAAGCCUCCGGUAUCACAUCUUGCCACUGCAUUCCCAGAUCCCACGAGAAGAGCAGCGCAGGGUGUUUGACCCUGUGCCUGAUGGGAUAACCAAGGUUAUUUUAUCUACCAAUAUUGCUGAGACGAGCAUAACUAUAAAUGAUGUUGUUUACGUUAUAGAUUCCUGCAAACAAAAGGUGAAGCUGUUUACUUCUCACAACAACAUGACAAAUUAUGCUACUGUCUGGGCUUCUAAGACCAAUCUGGAACAGCGCAAGGGCAGAGCAGGGCGCGUACGGCCUGGGUUUUGUUUCCAUCUUUGCAGCAGGGCUCGCUUUGAACGUCUGGAGACCCACCUCACUCCAGAGAUCUUCCGUACUCCAUUGCAUGAAGUGGCUCUAAGUAUUAAGCUUUUACGCUUGGGUGGCAUCGGACAGUUCCUUUCCAAAGCUAUUGAGCCCCCGCCACUGGAUGCUGUGAUAGAAGCAGAGCACACGCUAAGAGAGUUGGAUGCAUUGGAUUCAAAUGAUGAACUGACGCCCCUAGGCAGAAUCCUGGCUAAACUGCCCAUUGAACCACGGCUGGGGAAGAUGAUGAUUAUGGGUUGCAUUUUUUACGUUGGUGAUGCGUUGUGCACCAUUUCUGCUGCAACUUGCUUCCCUGAGCCUUUUAUCAACGAAGGCCGCAGACUGGGAUAUGUUCAUAGGAACUUUGCUGGAAGUCGGUUCUCUGAUCACGUGGCAUUGCUGUCAGUUUUCCAAGCGUGGGAUGAUGCAAGAAUGGGCGGCGAGGAUGCAGAAAUUCGCUUCUGUGAGCAUAAACGUCUCAACAUGGCCACGCUUCGCAUGACAUGGGAAGCAAAAGUACAGCUCAAAGAUAUAUUAGUAAAUUCAGGAUUCCCUGAAGAGUGUUUAAUGAAUCAAGUUUUUAACAAUACGGGUCCAGAUAACAACUUGGAUGUGGUCAUUUCCCUUUUGGCUUUUGGUGUUUAUCCUAAUGUCUGUUACCACAAGGAAAAGCGGAAAAUUCUUACUACAGAGGGGCGCAAUGCACUUAUCCACAAGUCAUCUGUUAAUUGUCCCUUCAGCAAUCAAGACCUUAAAUAUCCAUCUCCAUUUUUUGUCUUCAGUGAGAAGAUCCGCACCAGAGCAAUCUCUGCUAAGGGGAUGACCAUGGUGAGUCCAUUGCAGCUGCUGCUCUUCGCUUCCAAGAAAGUAAUCUCUGAUGGACAGCUAAUACUGCUGGAUGACUGGAUUAAACUCUUAAUGCCUCACGAAGACGCUGCCUACGUCACCGGUUUGAGAGCUGCGGUGGAGGCCCUAGUGGUCGAAGUCACAAAGGAACCAGAGAUUUUGUCUAACUUGGAUCCCGUGAAUGAAAGGAUGCUGAACUUGAUUCGCCUGAUUUCCAGGCCCUCCACAGCUGGAAUUAAUCUGAUGGCCGGCAAUGCCAGGUUUGGGGAUGGUCCACGGCCUCCAAAAAUGGCUCGGCUUGAUGGUGGCUUCCAUGGCAAUAGAGGAAGAGGCUUCCAAGGUGGAUAUAACGCUCGAGGCGGUUACGGAGGAAAUGACUCUGGUUACAGAGGGUUUAGAGGAGGGGGUGGCUUCAGGGGUGGCAACCAAGGUGGUGGCUUCAGAGGUGGCAACCAAGGUGGUGGCUUCAGAGGUGGCAACCAAGGUGGUAGCUUCAGAGGUGGCAACCAAGGUGGUGGCUUCAGGGGUGGCAACAGUGGAGGAGGCGGAUACAGGGGUGGCAACUAUGGAGGUGGAUUUGGGGGUGGUUACCAAGGACGAGGUGGUGGCUAUGGAGGAAACUACCAAGGAAGAGGAGGUGGUUUUGGAGGCCAAUCAUGUGGUGGAUUCUAAGGACAUAUUUUUCUUUUCACCAUUUUUCUCACUGGGCACAAUUAUGUGCAUGUUCUGAAAGUUCAAAGUCUGACAAAAAUGUGAAAUAUUCUGUUUGGCUUUGUUUAUGUUUUUCCUUUGUAAUAAAGGGUUUUUUUUAUCAAGUAUUUCUAUGCCCUGGCAGACUGCUGCAUGUGGAUAUAGAUUAUAUUGCGCAUGUGCACCUAUUCAUACAACAUACCUAACAAAGUAUAAUUUGAUGUCCAAUAA